GCGCCACCGGCUCCUUCCGGCGCGAGAGCAGCACGCGUUCUGCGGCCGACAUGGAGACCGAGGCGGCAGCGGGCGGCGGUUUCUCCAGCGUCGUGUCCCGGCGAAGCCGGAGGAAGCGGCGAGCGGGCGGCGAGGAGCCGGCGGCGGGAGCUGCCAUGGACACGGCGGACCUGCGGCCCAGGAAGCGGCCGGCGUUCCCGCCUGUGGCCGUCGAGGCGCCCGGGGUUGGAAAAGGUGAGCUGAGGAAGAUCCCUGUGCCGGCCAACAGGUACACGCCGCUUAAAGAGAACUGGAUGAAGAUAUUCACGCCAAUCGUGGAGCAUCUGCAGCUUCAAAUCAGGUUCAACUUGAAAACAAGAAAUGUUGAGAUCAAGACUUGCCAAGAGACAAAGGAUCUCAGUGCUCUGACAAAAGCAGCUGAUUUUGUGAAAGCCUUUAUACUUGGAUUUCAAGUAGAGGAUGCCCUUGCUCUCAUCAGAUUAGACGAUCUUUUUCUGGAGUCAUUUGAAGUUACAGAUGUCAAACCUUUGAAAGGAGAUCAUCUGUCAAGAGCAAUAGGGAGAAUAGCAGGGAAAGGCGGAAAAACCAAAUUCACCAUAGAAAAUGUGACCAGGACACGCAUUGUUCUUGCUGAUGCAAAAAUUCAUAUUUUGGGAUCUUUUCAGAACAUUAAAAUGGCACGAACAGCAAUUUGCAAUUUAAUUUUAGGAAGUCCUCCAUCCAAAGUUUAUGGCAACAUUAGGGCAGUGGCCAGCAGAGCAGCUGAGAGGUUCUGAACUGCACCACUAAGAACUGGGGAUAGAAGUCCAGGUUCCUGGACACACAAGAAGCCAAGAGCUACAUGAGCCAUCAGAUUUCUGCUGGAAACCCAGAAGAAAACCAAGACUGUUUGUGCAGUCUGACUGCCUUUGGACAUGUGGUCUGAUUUGAACAUACCUAAUGUUUCUGUCUAGUCAUUAAAAGGUGUUUUAAGUUGUGUCUAUAACGAAAGUCCAUGAUUUUACUUGAACAGCCUCAGAAAACCUGCUUCAUUACAGAUUUUCUGAACAUCAGUUAAGAGGCUGCUUCUUCAGAAAGCCUUGGUGUUUAAUGCUUGAGCCUAAAGAAAUUGGCAGAGUUAAGCAUUUAUAACAACACGUCAUGGGUUAGUAUCUUCCUAAGAAAAGGAGGAAUCAGCUGGAAUGCAGAGUUCAAUGGCAGCCUGUCCACUGAGUCUCUGCUGCUGGAACAAUGUAUCACAUGAAAAGAGUAAGAUGAAGAGGUAAGUAACAUAUUUGAACUGAAUCCUGAAUCUGCACAUGUAUGGAUUUCUUAAUUCCUAAAAAUUAUCUGUCAGGACUCCCUAGUAAGCCAAGAGCCACCAGGUCAAGUACUUUCCAGUGUACCGGAGCACCAAAAACUGUAAGGUCCUGUGUGUCUCCUUAAAAUGUUACGUAAGUAGCACAAUGCAACAAAAGUAGGGGAAGAAAUUAGAGUGGCCAGUCCCUGUAUGAUUUAAAAAUUGACUCUCUUCUCCUAAACCUGCCAGGCAACCUUCUGCAAAGUGUUUUGUAAAAUAAUUCAGUUCAGGCUUGGGAAUAAAAACAAACUGAAAAGAGAUUAUCAAACAAGCAAAUUGAGUAAGCAUUUGGGUCAAUGUCCAAGUUUCCAGAAUAGCACUUCACAGUAUGGGAUUAUCACUACAGCCAAAUUUAUUAAAGCCUUCAGCUGUCAACAGAUUAAAGACUUGCUUAGCAGUCUGAGCUAUACAGGGGACAGCGUGCACAUUCUAGGCAGCUUCACGUGCACCUACCUGCUCUGUUUUCUGUUUGUUGGCUGCUUAUAUCGUUUAUUUCAAUUAGCUUGAAAGACAAGGGAGUGAGGCAAAAGCACUCAAAAUCAAUGUUUAUCCUAGAUUAGGUGCAUACCGACACUGACCCAGAGCAGAAGAAAGGAGAGGGCGGCACCCAGAAGGUCCAAAUACCUGCACCCCAAAGAGUACAGCACAAAGCUGCUGCGAAGGGCAUACCUGUGCAAGGAGGGCUGGUGUCAUCAGCACAAACCUCAGACUUUUUCUGAGACAGGAACUGCCUUUUAUUUUCCACGUACAUUAAUGUUAGGGUGCAUUGGUUUGGUUUUUAAACUACUUUCCACAGGGAUUUCAAAGUAUGGUUUGAACAUUUAAGCAAAGAGAACCAGAUGUGCCUUUAAACAACCUCAACGUGUCUUGAAACACUGAAAUGAACCCUGGAAGUGUUCAGCAGACUGCACCCUGGGGAGUUUUUCAGUAAAUUUUAAUAAUCAAGGAAUGGACAAAAAAAUAUGAACAACUUUUCUUCAGAGCAAGAUGCAGAGCUGCUUUAAGGUGGACAAGAAAGGUACUGAGCACCCCAGCCAAGGUUCAAAUAUUUUAUUUUGUAUUCAUACAGUAUGAAGGUACUUAUAGUUCCCACAAUAUAUGAUGUAGCAUGCAGAGGAAAAACUAAACAGUCAACAUAAAUCAUUUUUCCCCACACAAACUGAAAAAAAAACCCCUCAUCCCUCCCCUUCCAGUCCCCCCCACUAAGGAAAUAACAUUAGCACUAAUUCCUAUAAUGCCAGCCAAGAUAUGCACAAGCAAGAAAAACUGAAAGCAUUUACUAAAAUGUUUGUAACAAAUACUUAUGUACAAAAAAUUCACAAAAGACUAAUUCCCCCUUGAAGCAGAGCACAUGGCAGUUGACACUGGAACAGAUACAACCACUGGCUGGGAUUAUAAACCAUGUACUGAUCCAGAAGAA